UUUUCGACAAGCACUACAUCAACCGUAACUUUGACCGCACUGGCCAGAUGUCUGUGGUGGUCACACCUGGAGUGGGGGUGCUUGAAGUGGACCGUCUGCUUAUGAUUCUCACCAAACAGCGGAUGAUCGACAACGGUAUUGGUGUAGACCUGGUGUGUAUGGGGGAGCAGCCGCUGCACGCUGUGCCUUUAUUCAAGCUGCACAACAGGACAACAGCGAGAGAUUUACGCGUAGGAGAUGACUACAACCUUCCACACUGGAUCAACCACAGCUUCUACACCUCCAAAAGUCUGAAUUCCUGUAGCUCCUUCACCCCACGGAUCAAACUGGCUGGACAGAAGCUUCAUGCAGAAACAUUUAAGAGCAGCAAAGGUCACACUCUUUGUGCACCAAAGGAUUCAGACAACAGUCUACCAAUACAGGUGGACUACGAAGCUUAUGACGACCAGGUGUUCAGACUUCCAGGUCCAUCAAGAAUUCAGAGGAGCACAAACUUCAGAAUGGUGAGAGAGAGGGAGACGAGUGCGAAGAAGAGCCGGGGCUCAGUGGAGGUUACCACAGGUGUAGGCACUUCUCCUGUUCGCUCUACUGGACCAGAAGAAGAACAAAGCCUCGCGUCUGAUGAUAGUCUGGGCCCUGUGUCUAACAUUCUGCUGAUCCCCCGGGUUCCUCAGGCCCAGUAUGAAGUCAGCAGCUCUUUGGGAUACACAAGCACCAGAGAGUUGUUGGACAAGAUGAUGGAUUCUCAGCGGGACUCUAGUGCACCAAGCAGGUUUACAGUGGGUAGUGCUGAGUCCACACUGCACAUCCGUCCAGGAGGCUACACCCUCCAGAGGGCUCUCAUAAACCCCUUCACACCUUCCAGGAUGCCUAUGAAGCUCACCUCCAACCGCCGGCGCUGGAUGCACACAUUCCCUGUUGGUCCUUCUGGAGAGGCGAUUCAGAUUCAUCACCAGACAAGACAAAACAUGGCAGAGUUGCAGGGCAGCCAGCACAGCGACUCAACACACACCUCUGCUGAGCUACUGGAGCUGGCUUAUCAUGAGGCCACCGGAAGGCAAACAACCUCAAGGCAAACAAGUGAAAAUGGCCUUUACGCAUGUGAAGGGACAGAAGACCUUACUGGAAGUCUAGGAAGCAACAACAGUGGAUCCGCCAACAACCGCAGCUUCUCCUUUCACGGCUUCUCCACCAAUGGGACAGAUCCAACCCUGCUGCUGUCUGCACCCCCGACAGUGCCCAGCUUCUGCUGCACGGUGGGGGUGGACUGGAAGUCCUUGACCACUCCGGCUUGCCUCCCCCUCACCACCGACUACUUUCCUGAGCGGCAGACUUUGCAGAAUGACUACACGGAAGGUUGCUACGACCUGCUUCCACACGGCGACUUGGAAAGACGAGAAGAUGAAGCUCCAGUGAUGACUGCUGCUCAGGUGUUUGAGGAGUUUAUCUGUCAGAGGUUGAUGCAGGGAUAUCAGAUCAUUGUCCAGUCAAACAACCGGAAACCAGUCCCAGCUGUGACUACCCCCCUUGGCAGCAGUCCUCUCUACACUAGAGGUUUGGUGUCGCUCCGGCGAGCAGAGGAGGAGGAGACUAUUUACUGGCUCAGCAUGGGCCGGACCUUCCAUAAGGUCUGCCUCAGAGACAAGAUCAUCACAGUUACUCGCUACCUGCCAAAGUACCCAUGUGAGUCGGCUCAGAUCCAGUACAGCUAUAGUCUAUGUCCUCCGAACUCGGAUGCUCAGUUUGUGUCCUGCUGGGUGGAGUUUGGCCACGAGAGACUGGAGGAAUACAAGUGGAACUACCUGGACCAGUACAUCUGCUCUGCAGGCUCUGAGGACUUCAGGACAACACCUAUCUUGGAAAAGCUUCAGCAACACAGCACCAAACAAGGAGGUGACUCUGCUCUCACAAGGAGCAUGGAUGGAUGGAUGGAUGGAUGGAUGGACGGACGGACGGACGGACGGAUGGAUGGAGUCUUCAAGAUAAAAAUCAUGAGGCGUUUCACAAAAACAAAACAUUUUUAAUAUAAAAAUUAUUUUAAAAUAUGUUCAACAUGAAGUGAUCUUCAGCUUUCGCUGGAGUGGUUCGCAGCUGGGAUGAGAAUCGGCUCCUCUGAAAAGGGUAGAAUUCCUUCUCCAGGUCAGGGAUGAGGUCCUGCCCCAAGAGAAUAAGUUUAUCUCGGGGUCUUGUUCACGAGCGAGGGAAAACUGGAGCGUGAGGUCGAUGGGCGGAUUGGUGCUGCGUCUGCAGUGAUGCGGGCGUUGUACCGGUCUGCCGUGGUGAAGAGAGAGCUGAGUCAGAAGGAAAAGCUCUCGAUUUACCGGUCGAUCUGCGUUCCUACUAGGGCUGUGAAUCUUAGAGCAACUCACGAUUUUAUUCGAUUCCUAUUCUCGGGGUGCCGAUUCGAUUCAGAAUCGAUUCUCGAUUUAAAUCGAUUCACAAUCAGUAUUAACAAAGAGUGUCAGCUCCAGGAUGAACUACUUUGUUGUACAAGUUAGUUAAAGAUAUGGAGCAUUUUUAUUUGACUAAACUGGUCAUGCUCCAAAAAUGCAAAUUUACAAGUGAUAAAGCGAUUCUAAAACUGUAAACAGAAACAAUGUUUUGACCAAAAGGCAACAUUUAUUUUUGCUUACCUUGUAAACUAUAACAAAUCUGUAGUUACCUAAUGGUAGCAUUGAAAGUAUUACGGUCAAAUACUUAUCAAGUAUGUGUAGAAACAAGUUACAUGAGUAAUCCUGAGUACUCGUUUAUCAACUUAGAAAAUAAAUAUGAGAAUAUCUCAAAUUUCUGAGAAUGGAAAAAAUGACAUUCAAGUGCCCUCUUAUCAGCAGAUUCAAACAUAAUUCAUCUCAAUCUAUGGGAGCACAAAAGUAAACGGAGUACUGACUCUCCUAACAAAGAUCAAAAAAGUGCAUCUCAAACCUGUAACAUGCCAAACAUUUCAGUUCUUGGAAUUGAUUCUGAAUCUUUGUGAAUCGAUUCUGAAUCUUAAUAAAUAAGAAUCCCGAUUCAGACUUGAAUCGAUUUUUUUCAGCACCUCUAGUUCCUACCCUCACCUAUGGUCAUGAGCUUUGGGUAGUGACCAAAAGAACGAGAUUGCAGAUACAAGCAGCUGAAAUGAGUUUUCUCCGCAGGGUGGCUGGGCUCUCCCUUAGAGAUAGGGUGAGAAGCUCGGUCAUCCGGGAGGGGCUCAGAGUAGACCCGCUGCUCCUCCACGUCCAGAGGAGCCAGUUGUGGUGGCUCAGACAUCUGGUCAGGAUGCCUCCUGGAUGCCUCCCUGGUGAGGUUUUUUGGGCACAUCCAACUGGGAGUAGACCCAAGGGAAUGCCCGGGACACGUCGGAGGGACUAUGUCUUUCACCUGGCCAGGGAACACCUUGAGGUUCCCCUGGAGGAGCUGGUCCAAGUGGUUUGGGAGAGGGAAGUCUGGGCAUCUUGGCUUGGGCUGCUGCCCCCACGACCCGACUCCGGAUAAAAAUGAAUGGAUGGCUAGAUUUAAAAUGAAAAAAAAAUUGUGAUUAGAAAAUGUAGGGAAAGCGAGAGAGAAAACGAAUAGGAGAAAUGAAGUUAGUAAAUUUGUUUAUUUGAGAGAACAUUUGGAAAGAUUUUUCCAAACCAUAUCAGGUACAAUUCAUCAUUUAUCAUAAAUUUACUGACAGUUAUGCAGAAGACCAUGUUCAGUAAAUUUUUUGCCACCUAUUAAACUUCUCCGGAAUUGAUAAGGGAAAUGAGAAGAAAUUGUAUUGAUAGACAGAAUUGACAAUGGCAUUGAUAUUGAUAAAAGGGUAUCAAUUCCCACCCCUAGUAAACACAAAGCCAUGCUGGCUUUCAGAGCGAACUGGACAUUGAGCUCCCCCCCACCAUGGGGAUAAUGGGUACGACACACGGGAGGCGACAAACGACCGCGAUCAGCAAAAUUUGUCACCGUCGCUUUUAUUACCUGACACACGGGAGGCGACCCGCGGCAGCGGCAAAACCGUCUACGCGUUCUGUUCCAUGGCGAAAUCGAAACUUCCGUUGUGUUGUUUGGCUGUGUCAGGUUGGAGGGAAUUAAGGUUAUUUAAGCGGUUCAGAGUUAAUAAAGCGGUAGAUAUGAUGUUUCACAAGGUGCUGCUAGAGUUAUGUGAAAUCUUACUUCUGAUUUUACUAUAAAACAUAAUAAUCAACUUCUCCUCCAUGUUUGCUCGGAGAUGUACGGUGCGUCCUGUCUGCUCAUUGGUCAGUGAAUGAAACCUCCGUUGAUUGGUCCUCGUCCGAGCGACAGCGAUGAAAAUUUGAAAAUGUUUCAACUUUCUGGGAUCGCGUCGCUGGGUCGCCUGUGUACGACGUGCAUGAGCGCAAAAUUUCACACGCACGUUUUUCGCGUUUCGCCUGGUAGGAGGGAGACCCGCGAUUAUCGCUUUGUCGCGCACGUCUCAUUGAAAAUGAAUGGAGGAGAGGCGAUGUCGCCUCCCGUGUGUCGAGCCCAUAAGACACCAGUUGAAACACAAGAGCAAUCACCACAGGGCAUCCACACAAACCUCUGGGCCAAAUGCAUGGAACCAAUCAGCCCAAGAGCCAGGGCAGAUGGCAUGCACACUGACUAUGCUUCCACCUUGCUUUCCAAGAUGACUCGGUACCUCCUACUGCACGUAACCUGACGUAGAAAUGCUGGCACUCUGAUGCAAACCAGAUCUGACUGCCCAGGAUCCAUCUGAUUAGCCAAAGAAGCCAGUUGGCAGAAACGUUUUUUUUAAAAAGUGUCCUUUGAUCGUAGCUGAGCAGCAUGUCAACAUUUUGCACUAGCUACAGGUAUCUGUGCCGUCUUUCAUCUCAAUGGAUGGCCUAUCAGCAGGAUGUGAGAUAGGAACAGGAGAAGCAUAAACAGAAAGAAUUCUGGUGAACACCUGGGCCCUGUAUGAACCAGAGAUUCCACACUGUAAAAGUGGUAGGCAUUAAAAUCAUGUGAACCUCCCUCUCUCCCUGUACCAGCCUGAUUGAUUCGCUGAAAUUCUGGAGGACUCGCUUUCUGUUGCUGCCAACUGGUGGGGCCCGAAGGGUUGCUGAUGGAGAAGGGCACUGGGAUGUGUAUGGUGAUG